AUGGCGACUUCAGGCGCCCGGCUGCUGGUCGCGGCCGCCCUCCUGUUCCCUGGCGUAUUAUCAUCGCCAAUCCACGAUGCCAGCCAGCGCCUGAUUGCUGCUGCGGAACCGGACCACACAUGGCCUUCCGUAGCACCGCCGCUGCAUGUGCAGCCGAAGCAGAAUCGAAAGCUGCAGGGCAAGUUCCUGCAUAUCACAGAUUUCCAUCCCGACGAGUUCUACAAGCCGCACACCUCCACCGACGAAGGCGUCGCCUGCCACCGCAAGAAUGGCCCCGCCGGUACCUACGGCGCCGAGACUACCGACUGCGACUCGCCCUUAUCCCUAAUCGACGCGACCCUCGAUUGGAUCAGAGAGCACGUCAAGGACAACAUCGACUUUGUCAUCUGGACCGGCGACACGGCGCGCCACGACAGUGACGAGAAGAUCCCGCGAAACACGAGCGACGUCCUCGGCACCAACCGCCUCGUCUCCCAGAAAGUCGUCGACACCUUCUCCGACAACGGCCAGCUUACCGUCCCAGUCAUUCCCACCUUUGGCAACAAUGACUUCCUCCCUCACAACAUCUUCUACCCGGGGCCCAACAAGUGGCUCCAGGCUUACAGCCAGAUCUGGCACCGCUUCAUCCCCGAAGAGCAGCGCCACUCCUUCGGCUUUGGCGGCUGGUUCGAGGUCGAGGUGAUCCCCAACAAACUAUCCGUCUUCAGCCUCAACACCAUGUACUUCUUCGACCGCAACGCUGGCGUUGAUGGUUGCGCCGACCCCACCGAACCCGGCUUCAAGCACCUCGAGUGGUUGAGCAUCCAGCUGCAGCGCCUGCGCGACCGCGGCAUGAAGGCUAUCCUGAUCGGCCACGUCCCGCCCGCCCGAACCGAGAGCAAGCAGAAUUGGGACGAGACCUGCUGGCAAAAGUACACCCUGUGGCUCAAGCAGUUCCGCGAUGUCGUCACCGGCGCCUUUUACGGCCACAUGAACAUCGACCACUUUUUGCUUCAAGAUACCAAGGAAAUCGAUCUUAGCCUCUAUGGGCAGGGCGCAUCGAUCCGAGGCCCUAUCGAAGACGACUUCUCCGUUGAUUCAAAGGGUGAUUAUUUGCAGGAGCUUAGGCAAUCUUGGACCGAUCUUCCCGGAUCAGUUGCGAAGGGAAUCAACUACUUCGCCAAUGACGAGGACGAGGACGAUGACGACGAAGAUACGCACGAUGAAGGCAUGGACGAACUUGCGAAGAAGAAGAAGAACAAGAAGAAGAACGGGAACAAGAAGAUAGGUGGCAAAUAUGGCGAACGGUAUCAGUUGUCGUUCAUCAGCCCCAGUAUCGUCCCCAACUUCUUCCCCACCAUCCGUGUCAUCGAAUACAAUAUUACCGGUUUUGAAGAUGCUCCUGUUUGGGUUGACUCUUUUGACGUCAAUUCGGAGCAGCCGCUAGCCAACUUUGAUCUGUUCGAUGAGGAGGAUGUCGAUGAGCAAACACGUCUGGAGUUGAAGCGCGACCUUGAAGCCGAGAAGAAGGGCAAGAAGGGAAAGAAGGGAAAGAAGAGGAAGCCCAAGAAGCCCAAGAACCCCCAGCUUGUCAUUCCUCCGGAUCCAUCCAAAGACUCGCUGCCCGGCCCGGCUUACUUCCCCCAGCCUUUUACCUUGACUGGUUACACCCAGUACUUUGCCAAUCUCACUUACAUCAACAACGACAUGACCGACUCCAUCAAAGAAGCCCGUUGGCGCAACGGAGACUUUAGCGGCAGGGACCCGAAGGAUAAAAGGCCACAACCUCGCAAAUUCAACUACGAAGUCGAGUACAGCACUUUCACAGAUAAGAUCUACAAGCUGCACGACUUGACCGUCAGGAGCUACUUGAGGUUGGCGUACAGAAUCGGGAAACACGAAGCGAAGAAGGACACCAGCAAGCCAAUAGAGUACGAGGAUAACGAUACCGAAUACAAUGAGAGCGAGCUAGAUGCUUUAGAAGAUGGGACAGAUGAUGCAGAGGGAGAGUUCAGUAACUCGGAAGAUGACUCCGACGGAGAACUUACUUCGGAGGAUGAACCCGAGGCCGACAAUCAACGGAAGAAGGGCAAGAAAGACAAGAAGAAGAAGAAGAAGAAACAGGAAAAGGUCAACAAAGUCUGGAGACAAUUCCUCCAACGGGCUUUCGUCAGCACCAUUUCGAAGAAGGAGUUGAGGAAGUUGACCGAAUAA